AAAUAAUGACAGGCGACUUGUUUUUAUAUUCCUGAGAUCAUCGGGUCUGAUUAUGAGGAUUUGAGAUUUCCUGUAGGUGGCAGCAAUGCAACAAUUUUGGAUGACGGCUGCCGUCAAACCUCAGAAGAAGAAGAAAAAGUAGCUUUCCGACGUUGCUGCACGGGCCAAAAUGGCGCCGUCGCCUUCCAACGACCUCUUCUGCUAUUGGCUCGUCUAUAUGUUUGGGUCGUUUUUAUUGGUUUAUUGCUGCUCUAUUUUGACGAGCGGUGCGUUCGAGCUGUGUUGUCGCAUGUGAGGGAGUUGUCAAUAAAAUAUUUACCACGGUCACGAUGGCUGACAGUUCCGACACGAGCGGUCAGAGUCGAGAUGAACAAGGCAAUGGGGAAGGCGAAGGUGGCGUUGACUUGGAUAGCGAUGCUGGAGGUGGUUUGACUGAAGCCCAGAGAGAGGUGAUGGAGAGAUGUCUCCAUGUGCUUAAAGAUGCUAGAAACGACAGUCACACAUUAGCAGCUCUUCUGAUGAUUACCAGACUGUGCCCAGCAAGCCGACUAGACAGGCCCACGUUAAGGCGCAUCUUUGAGGCAGUGGGACUCAACCUACCCGCUCGACUCCUGGUGACCGCAGUCCGAGGGGGUGAUCGUUCUGAUUCCCCGCCCCAGGAACUGCUCUCCCUGGGCACAGCUCUGUUGGCUGCUCUGAGCACAGAGCCAGACAUGGCCUCACAUCCUCAGCUUCUAACCACCGUCCCGCUCCUGCUGGGCUUCGUAGCCGACGGUCCCGUGUCAGACCAGCAGAAGCAGGCGCAGAGUGAAGCUGCAGAGACGGGGGGUGGUUCUGAUUAUAAAGACCAGUCAGCAGAGAGUGCAGCGGCUUCCAGGCUGGAUGAGGACAUGGCCGCUGACUGCUACCAGGUUCUGACAGCUGUGUGCGCUCUACCCAGAGGUCCUGACCAGCUGCUGAGUAGGGGGGCAGUUCCUGCUUUGUGCCACGCAGUGGAACAGAACCAGACUCUGAGCCACGACAGGGGCCUUGCUUUGCUCGCUUGCCUCCUUCUAGGUGAGACAAAAGAAAAAGCGUGGCGCAAACACCCUGCAGAACUCCUCGCUCUACUGGUCAGGCUCUCCAAAGACUUCUGCCAGUCCAAAGACCAAGCUAGGCUGGACAUGUGUUCCCAGUUGGCGCAGUUCCUUCCCCCAGUUGGAGCCCAGGUAGAGACUGAGAAGCUGAAGGAAGUCGUGAGCCGUCUGUGGGGAGCGUUAAGACCCAUGGUACAGGCGAAGUUGACACCAAAACAGAUUGGGCCAAUCCUGGUCCUCUGUGCAUGUCUGCUGGAUUUCUAUGGCUGGGAUGUGGUGGGACCUCCAAAGUUCUGCUGCUUACUGGUGAAUCGGGCCUGUGUGGAGGUCAGAAUGGGUUUGGAGGAACCACCUGGUGACCAGCUGAGCCCAGAACUACAGCACACACUCACAGGCUGUUACAGAAUCAUGGAGGCGGCCAUAGAGCAGGCCUGCAGUCAAGGGCUGCCAUCAGCACCUGCAUCUCCUCACAUGUCUUCACUCAGUCUGCAGCAGAGCAGGCAGGUGCUUGGAGUGUUGGAGGAGGCCUUCUCUGCUGUAAUCUACCACCUGCAACAUGUCGAUGCUAGCCGCUAUGAUGACCCUUUCAUCUUCGCCACAUUCCGCUGUCUGUGCUCGUGGCUGGCCGAGGAGACGUCCUGCUUGAAGGAGGAGGUGACCGGCCUGCUGCCGUUUUUAAUUGGCUACAGCCGCAGCCACCUGCAAGGCGAGAGCCUAGAGCAGGGCCUCUCUGAGUGGAUGGCCUCAGUGUCUGUGGGUGAGGACAGAGGGUCCUGGACGGGCAGAGAAGCUCUAAGGUAUCUUCUACCCGCUUUGUGCCACCUGUCCGCGGAGGAAGGUCCAAGGAAGGCGCUGCUCACCCUCGACACCCCGGCGCUGCUGGUGGACUUUCUGUCACAGAGGUGGACUUCCCUCAAAGGGAAAAGUGGGGGUGGAGCCAGAGAUCCCAGCAUGGAGACAGCCUGCUCAGCUUUGCUCAACUUCACUGUCACGGAGCCAGAAAGAGUCAGAAAGGACCCAUGUUUCAGAAAACUGGAGGCCCUUCUGAGUGACGCUCUUCCAGUUUUGGUGUAUAAAUCUCACCUGCUGGUCCUGGCAGCAAAUUACUGCACACUGGGGCUUAUGAUGGGUCGACUCAAAUCAUCUCAAUCAGAAUGGGUUGAGGCUAGCCAGAGGCGCUUCUUUUCCACAGCUCUCCGGUUCCUCCGCAGCGCCCUGGACUCCAGCUCCAGCCCAGCCCCAGUAAUGGUGAGCCACAGCUGGGAGGAGAGCUGGGAGGAGGCCGCGGAGCUCUGGAGGUUGGGUGUCCAGGCUCUGGGAGGCUGCGUCCGCGCUCAGCCCUGGGUCGUCACGCUGGUCCGAGAGGAGGGUUGGCUCAAACACACCCUGGCCAUGCUGGCUCAGUGCAGCGCGCUACCCGAGCAGCACACGCAGGAUGCGCUGGAGGAAGCUCUGUGUGCUGUGGCGGAACAAUGCCCUCUCUGUAAACAGGAAGUCAGAGACAUGAUGGUGAAGAAUGAGAGAGGAGUGUUGAACCAUAUGAGGAACCUGAAGAAGUCAGUGGGAGCUGAAAAAUGUUAAUGCUGGAAUGUAUAGUCAUUUAAUAAACUAAUGCAAGUGGGGAAA